GUGCUAGCAGUGAGAAGCAGAUGCGCGAUUCUGUCCACAUUAAAUGUUGCGCGAAGGUAAGGCAUACUGCCUCUUGUGAAAAGGAACAUUCAGAGAGAACCCAGCUAUCUACCUAACCUGCACUGAAGUCAUUGAUUUCAGCAUCCCUGGAUAUUCAGCACUAUAUCUGAACAGGACAUUUAUUAAGCUUUUGUCGAAGGUGGUGAGGAGUCGGCCAGUGAGAUAGGUGGCCAGAUGAACUAGAGCCAGGGGAACCUGUGGCCGUGGACAUGACUGAUCCGUUGGCUGUUUUCUGGUGAAUGGAUUAGGGUGUGCUGUGACCAUGCGUUGCCUGGCGGCCCGGGUCAACUACAAGACCCUGAUCGUCAUCUGCGCCCUCUUCACCCUCCUCACCGUGCUUCUGUGGAACCGCUGCUCCAGCGACACCGCCCUGCGCUUCCUCCCACGGGCCCCGCCGCCACCCCCCAGCGCCAAGGGGGGCGACGCCAGCAUUAGCAGCCAGCAGCAACCCCCGCAGCCCCCGGAGCCGCCGCCCAUAGUAGGCGGAGCUGCCGGCAUCAAGUACGAAGAGAUCGACUGCCUGAUUAACGACGACGUCACGAUAAAGGGUCGGCGGGACGGUGCUGAAGUGUACUUUCCUUUCAGCUGGCUGGAGAAGUACUUUGACGUGUACGGCAAGGUGGUGCAGUAUGACGGUUACGAGCGCUUUGAGUUCCAGCACAGCUACUCCAAGGUGUACGCGCAGCGCGAGCCCUACCACCCGGACGGCGUCUUCAUGUCCUUCGAGGCAUACAACGUGGAGGUGCGCGACCGCGUCAAGUGCAUCAGUGGAGUGGAAGGCGUGCCCCUCUCUACCCAGUGGGGUCCCCAGGGCUACUUCUAUGCCAUCCAGAUCGCCCAGUACGGCCUGAGCCACUACAGCAAGAACCUGACGGAGCGGCCACCCCAUGUGGAGCUGUAUGACGUGGCCGAGGAGAAGGACAACCGCGCGGGCUCACCCAGCGGGCCCUGGACGGUCCCCAAGGGCUGCAGCCUCACACGGCUCCACGACAAGGGCCGUGCCACCGCCGUGCGCCAGUUCAGUGCCCCAGAGAACUCUGAAGGUGUCUCCCUCCCCCUGGGCAACUCCAAGGACUUUAUCAUCUCCUUCGACCUCAAGUUCACCUCCAACGGAAGUGUGUCUGUGGUGCUUGAGACCACGGAGAAGGGCGCGCCCUUCAUCAUCCACUAUGUCACCUCCACUCAGCUCAUCGCCUUCAGCGGCCGCGACAUCACCUACGGCAUCGGACCCCGUGCCGCCUGGUCCACUGUCACCCGGGACCUGCUGACCGACCUGAGGAAGGGCGUGGGCCUGUCCAACACCAAGGCCGUCAAGGCCACCAAGGUGAUGCCGCGGCGGGUUGUGCGACUGAUAGUCCGCGGGCGCGGCGCCAUCGACAACGUCACCAUCGCCACCACAGCGCACACGGCUGCUUUCUUCGCCGCCAGUGACUGGCUGCUGCGCAACCAGGACGAGCGUGGCGGAUGGCCCAUCAUGGUCACACGCAAGUUGGGUGAGGGCUUCCGCCCCCUGGAGCCCGGCUGGUACUCCGCCAUGGCGCAGGGCCAGGCCAUGUCGACUCUGGUCCGUGCCUACCUGCUCACCAAGGACCAGACGUACCUGAACGCUGCGCUGCGGGCCACCGGCCCCUACAAGCUGCCCUCUGAACAGCACGGCGUUAAGGCUGUCUUCAUGAACAAGUACGACUGGUACGAGGAGUACCCCACUACACCAGGCUCCUUCGUGCUCAACGGCUUUAUCUACUCGCUGCUCGGUCUCCACGAUCUGGCCGAGACGGCGGGCGAGAAACUAGGCCGGGAGUCUGGCCUGUUGUUCUCUAGGGGCAUGGAGUCCCUGAAGGCCAUGCUGCCACUGUACGACACGGGCUCAGGCAGCAUCUACGACCUGCGGCACUACAUGCUGGGCACAGCCCCCAACCUGGCACGCUGGGACUACCACACCACGCACAUCAACCAGCUGCAGCUGCUGGCGUCCAUCGAUAACGCGCCCAUCUUCCGGGACGUGGUGAAGCGCUGGAAGAGCUACCUGAAGGGGGGACGGGCCAAGCACAACUAGGAGCCGGUCCUGGACCAUAAACUCUUUGGGGAAGGUGUGGGAGGGAACCGGGUGAUUUUUGUAUGUGUGUGGGUGUGCACAUCUAUCUGUGUGUAAAGCCUACGUAGCUAAGUGUGUGUGAUCUGGUAAGGUUUCAGAGAAGGUGAAAGGUGCAUUCAGUCUAUUGCAGUCUAAAAGUGGUAAAUGUUUGUGGUGCCCGUUACAGGCCCUGGUCUUAUUUUUGCCACUGUAAUUGCAGCUGUGGUCUAUUCCGAGCUAGCUGUUGUAAUUCUGUGCAAACGUAGCUUCAGGGAGUGUGUCUGUGUGUAUGGGAGAAAAAGGGUGCCCCCCCCUCCUAUUUGUCUCUUCACUCAUCAGGAUGCUACAGAAGAAGAAUGUCUUGAGUGGGUUUAUUGAAUAGCUUUGUUCCAACACUUUAUUCCUUCACUAGUCUCCCCUCCAAUUGUCUUUUUGUUUACUGUUUCAUCUGUGUUUUGGGACGGCGGAAGAACUAGCUGACUGAAACGAUACUGUAAAUACUAGAUGGAGUAUGAUAUGCGUCUUUUAUUUGGAGGAGACUAAUUUAUAAAGACUCUUUUUGGAGGAGAGUUUUCCCCCAGCCGACCAGGUUUCCAACAACAUUGAUAGUUGUUUUGAACGUACCAAAUGUUAUUUGUUCUAUGAAAGUAAAUAGUCCACUGAUUGGUGUUCAGAGUAGAAAGAUAAGGAGCUACUAUCGUCAUUCACUAACAAUCGCUCCCCUGGAUUAUCAUGAGUAACCCCAGUUGAUGUAGAAUCAGUUUAUUUUAACCCAAUCCCAACCUAAAACAUCAGUAUCCAAUAAAUAGAUCUGACUUGCGAUCAGCUCUUAGGGGUAGCAACAUCUCGCCCCUUCCAGAAAACAUCCCAUUCCCAUAGGCCUCAUAACCACCUCACCACAAUCUCAUUUUGGGUGGCGAAGAUUGAGCCCUGCGGAGCCCCGUAGUCUGUUCAGGGGCGGUGUCCGUGUAGCUGCUCUCAGGUCAGUUUGAUUGCUCUGAGACACGGGUUGUAUUUCAGCCCAGUAAGGGGAGGCAGCAUCCCUGAUCCCCGGCCACAACUAGCUCCCAUUACAGCUCCCAUUACAGCUCCCUGGGGUCGGCCCAUCAUCCUUCACAUACUGGAGCCAGAGGCAUUCGCUAUAGUCGUUACAUUACAUCCUAUCUUUUCCUAUUGCCAGGAAAUGGCCGCCCUCCCUUCAGUCUGAGACUGGAGCUCUGUUCAUGUCCAUUAUAAAUCCAUCUUGAAUUCUUCCUUAGUGAUUUCACUGAUUUUAAUUUCACCGUGGGUUGAUUUUCGUGAACCCUCUCCAGUUGUGAGUGUCUGAUCAGCAAAUGAAAUGUAGAUGAAUGUAAUUUCUUUGACUAUUGUUAUUGUUUCAGUAACACUGACAUCAUAUCCUAUUUUACAUUAAUUGUCAGAAAUACUAGCUACUACACUACAUUUUCAUUACUCUAUCAAUCAUCUGGAAAUGAGAUCAAUCAUUUGCUAAUCACUACACUACAAUUCUGGAAGUGUGUGUGUCUGCGCGUGUGUGAGAGAGUGGGCAGAUUGAGGCGUCAUGUUGUUCGAGGAACACUGUCAACAUCUUUAGUUUCUCAACAAGAACAUCGCCGGCGGCUGAGGUUGUUUUGAACGCUGCCCUAAUUCUUGGCACACGGAGACGCUAGCGGAAAGCAAGCUAAUGACAGUCAGUCUUUCUCCCAUCCGUUAGCAUGCGUGGGCUCAGGCCUGUUUAAUCUCCCUGCCUGGCCUAUUGACAGGUGGAUGUGAGUGAAGAGGGUUGCAGAGCCACCUCUAAUUCAGACGGUUAAUAGGCUUGAGUCUUGAGAGCCUGUCGGUGGUGCAGCAAGGAAUGAUUCAGCUUUUAACUGACUGGUAAACAAUGGCUGGCCAAGCCCAAGAAGACGGUUUCACUCCUGACUGAUAUGGAGUCAGAUCAAAGAUGGUUUGUGAAAAGGAUGUUCUGUGGUACAGAUGGAUCGGGUUCACCGUCUCCAACCGGCUACAGGAAUUCUAAAGUGCGUAAGAGGAUUGAAAUGUUCUUUGUUCAAAGGACCACUCCAUUUCUCCCAUUUUUCCUAAAUCACUUUUUAACUUGAUAAAGGACGAAAUCCGGCUAUUUUAGUGACGUUGGCCCUCGCUCUUUGAGGUGAUGCCAAUGACGUAUAAAAUAAUGAAAGGAAAACCUACUACUGGUGUGAGUCUGGUACUGCUGUCAGAGAGGAGACCGUAAGAAGAGCUUGGCGUGAGCUACAUGUUUUCAUUAGAACAUGCAGAGGAAAUGGUUUAGUCAAUGAGGUUUAACCUUCAUUUACUCAGUGAAAUUCAGUGUCAGUCGAGGUGCAGAAGUUCUCAAACUCAAAGCCCCAACCUUGUGUUUCCUAGCCUGGUCCCAGAUCUGUUUUAGCACGACAAUGACCAUAGGAUUUCACAAGACUGCACAAACGCAUCUGAGACCAGGUAGUGUGUGUGUGUGUACCUGCUCCAUCUGAUCUCCCAGGUUCCAUGUCAGUCACAGGGUUCAGAUGGUCACCUCUUCACCCUCUGUGACCCUUGCCCUCUUGUGCCCUGCUCUGGUUUCAUUCUGGAGGCCAAGUCAUUGGUUGCUGAGAAAUUGCACUCUGAACCUGUCAUAACUUGAGAUCCCCUGAUUUGGAUAUUCAAUGGAUAUUGUUUGAUUCUCUUAAUCAUUGGUUGAUCAUUUCUAUUCAAUCUCAUUUCUUCACAUGAAUACCACUAUGCAUAUUUCAUACUUUGACGGGACUAAGAAUGAAGUACAUUCAUUAAAAGGAUAUUGGGACAGUGAGGCAUACCGAUAGGGCCUGUUUAUUGAGAGCUUCAUUUUGUUCAGACCAAAGUCUUUAAAAGUCCAGGUUGUUUGAGGUGUUAUUCUUCUUUUUUUUGUUUCUGCAGAUUUUCCAUGAAGCAUUUUGUUUGUCAGUCUCAAGUCUGAGAUAUUGCAAGAUGACAAACGAUAAUGCUUAAACAAGAGUUUCUUGCCUUCCCCCCUCAGAGACAACGGGGGGAAUCAACUGCCUUUUGAAAAAUGUAGUUUUUGAAAUGUAGAUUCUAAUAGAGUAGCGUGGGAAGUUGUAGUUAACAGAAGAUAAGUAAAACUGGCCUGUCUAAUGGGAUGUGUGCAACCGUACCUCUAGUGUUAGUGCUCGGUCAUAUUUCAAAGGGAAAAAUAGGCUCCUAACUGCAGAUCCUCCUGGAGGGGGUUGUAGUUUACCAGCUUGUUUUGUUUAGCGUUGCUUUACAUGGUGGAAGGAUUUGCUUUAGGGUCAGCUGUUUUGUUUGUUGUUGUUGAGUAAAGCACAAUCACAGGCUCCAUUCGUUGGUCUAUAUUUCUGUUGGAUUUUCUUUCUUCUGGACAAUGUGCAACGCCUUCCUUUUGAAAGCUGCUAUUGUUUUUCACUGUGUAAUGGAAUCUUUCUAGUCUUUAUUUUCUCUCCUUUUCAACUUGAUUCUUUCCACUAUCCUGUAAAUUGACAUGUGCGGAUCACAUGUGACUUAUGCAAUAAAAUGUAGACUGUGUCCCAGCUGCCGAGGGGCGCCCAGAGAGCGGUUGUACAGACAAGCACAAUGUGCACAUGCUACCAUUUUUUUAUGCAGAGAAAAAGUGUUUAUAUAUAAGAGUGAAUCUUUGUGCUUAAAAGUCGCUUUUUAAAGUUGUAAAAUAAAUACAUUUUUCUUAA